AGUCCCGCGUGAUUAUUCAACGUUUCCUGAUUUGUUUUUUUUUGUUGUUUUUUUUAAGACGGUAAGUUGCCUUUAUUGAUAAAUUAUUUAUUGAACAUUUUUUUUUGGGGGGGGGGGUGGGUGGUGCUCUUCUCAGCUUAAAACAUUCUGGCAGAAUUAUAGGUUUCACUUAGUUCAGAUAAUUGGCCCCAUGACGUCAUUUACUUGUUUAUUUAAGAUUUCGUGUAGGAUACACUCCCCUCUGUUUAUACUUGGAGAAUUAUUUUUUUAAUCAUUUUUGGUAACAUACUAUUAGUAUUUUAGGCUUAUUGUUUUUUUGUUUUUGUUGUUGUUGUUCGUUUUCUGAGUUUAUUUUAAUUUAAAUUGCAAUAUAAAUGUUAUUAUUUUAAAUGAGCAUACAAUUUAAACCUAUUUAUUGAAAAAUGUACCUUUAUUCAUCGGAAUAGAUUAAUUAGACACCAACGAUUUGUGUCAAUAGAACAAAAUAAGGUAAGCUUUAAUACUAAUUAUACAGAAUACAAAGGAAUACGUUUCGACACAUGCCUUCAUUAGUACAACAAAAAGACAAUUAAAUAAGUAUCAAUUUAAUUUACAUAAUAUAUAUAUAUAUAUAGAGAGAGAUAUUUAUAUACAGAUAUCCUACCUAAAAAUGGGGAGAGAAACUAGAAGUCGGCGUUUUUUUUUUGGGUAGGAUAUCUGUUAAUAAAUAGCUAUAUAUAAAUAUUAUGUAAAUUUAAUUGAUACUUAUUUAAUUGUCUUUCUGCUGUACUGAUGAAGGCAUUAGCCGAAAAUUAGAAAUUGCAUGUGCAACAAAGAUGGCGGUCAUGACAAAAAUAAAAAAAAAUAAUUAAAAAAAAAAGAGCCAUGGUGCGGUUUGUCUGCAUUGACCAAGGUUUCGUGCACAGUUCCUUGUCGUCAACGAUGUGUACCCACUUUAGCGUUUGUCUGCAUUGACCAAGGUUUCGUGCACAGUUCCUUGUCGUCAACGAUGUGUACCCACUUUAGCGUUUGUCUGCAUUGACCAAGGUUUCGUGCACAGUUCCUUGUCGUCAACGAUGUGUACCCACUUUAGCUUGAAAUUUUGUCUGUCUCGGUCAGAUGUUGCAUCUUCAAUUUGACCCCCUUCCUCAUCUCAAACUGAGUUGAAAAAUUUGCAAGAAUUUAUUUUACACUUAUUCGCACAUUCUUGUGUGGGAAAACUUGGUUUUUUCAAAGUAUUUUGUAAUAUGUAUUGUUUUAAAUGUUCGACCUAAAGAGUACUUAAUAACCUAUUACUGACAACUGAAAAUCUGAUCAAAACGUUAAUAAUCAGUUAUUGUAGUGAGAUUGGGCACAAUUUGAUUAAUAAUUGUUUCGGAUUUAAAAUGGUCUUAUUUCUUUUACGUUAGAUUUAAAAAAAAAACAAAAAAACACACAAUAAUUGAACAAUAAUUCGAUGGUGAGGGAGAAAAAACAAUAAUACAACAUUUUCCAUGCUUUGUCUUCUAUAGAUUUUGAUUUCAUCUUCAGAGACUAGACUAGACAAUUAUUUAUGCACAUCAAUAUAAAAAAAAAAUUAAAAAAUUUUAAACACAGCAAUCAUUAGCACCAAUAAUAGCACCAACGUAUCGGAGAAGUACCUCAACGGAGUAGGUAAGUUCUCCUUUCUAUUUGGAAAGCAUAAUAAGUUGGAAGGGUGGCUACGUUGACAUUAAAUCAAAUACUCUAAAAAAAAUAUAGUGCAAAAUCCAAUUUAUCUGAUAAAGAAAAAAAAAUCCCAUGUAAAAGUCAUAAGGAAGGUACUUUAAAAACAAGCUAAAAGUUCAUUCUCGUCCCAGGAUUUUAAUUAAAAGAGGUUAGCACACUGAUCCCUACAGUAAAAAGAGAGAGAAUUCAAAAAGACACCAACUGAUAUUUAAAUCAAACGACCGGAAAGGGAAAGACCAAGACAUGAACUGACCUGGUGCAAGUAGAUUAAGUCCGGCCAUAAACGAAAGAAUUCGCUAAGUUCCUAUUCACUGAAGACGAGCUGAAGAGGACAAAGAAUUUCUAGCUUGACGAGUAUUUCUCGAAACACAACGUGAAAUUCAGGCCAGUUCUCACUGAGCUGGCAAUUUAAACGUAAGGCACUAAAGCAGCGGUUCUCAACCUGUGGUCGCGACCCCAUGUGUGUCCAACGACCCUUAAGCCGGGGCCACCUAAGAACACCCGAGAUCACAUAUUUAUGAUGUAGCAGCGAAAAUAAGCUUAUGGUUGAGAGGUCGCCACAACAUGAGGAACUGUGUCAUUGGGGUCACGGCAUUAGGAAGGUUGAGAACCACUGCUGUAAGGAAACAUCAAGUUACUUUUGACACAGUUGAUAAAAUGCGAUUAAAGACAAUGUUAUUUUCACAGACAAAGUUUCCUUAGAGGGCUGAACCAAUUCAUAAAAUAACCCAAGAAUUUUGAAGGUUUACCUCCGAGUUAUUUGUUCAAAAUUUAAUAUACGUUAAUAAAAUUUUUUUUGUUCUCCAUAAUAGUCAAUAUUUUUUUUUUUAAUUUAUGUUUGGUCGUUUUAUUUCAGACCUUUCACGAGAUGCCAUGAGAUAUCAUAUAGGAAAGCGAUGUAGGAUACUGAAAUGUUUGCUAAUUGGUAUCGUGUUCCUAUCGCUGGUCACAAACUAUAAUCUCAACCAAGAGUGGUCAGAAAACGGGGAGCAUAUUGGAAAGGAUGAAGAAAGCGAAACGAGGCUUACAUCAGCCGAGGAGCCAAGUAUCACCAAGCGAGACGAGAAAUGGCUUCAGGAAAGUUUGUCUGGCAAUAUCGUAAAAAAGGUGAAAGCAGUUAUGAGGUCAAGUCAUCCUUUUUAUCUGGAUGAGCUCACAAAUGCUGGCGACGGCGUGGACAGUGUUCAACCCGAGACAUUGGACCCUUGCUUCGCGUCCCCGUAUUUCCUAUGCGACCACGAACCGACGAAACCCAUCACAGAUCGGACAUUCAACGUUGCCUAUUUGAGACGCCCUGACUGGCAGCCGAGCGACGUGUUCAAUUUCUCCCGCUGCAGGUUCUCAAAGUGCGUGUACCAAGCGGAAAACGUAACCCGGGACACAGAUGUGGUCCUCGUGUAUGGGCUCAGGCUCUCUGACAGCUACCCUCCUCCGAAAAGAUGGCCCCAUCAAGUGUACGUUUUUGCAGACUGGGAACCCCCGAACCGCAUCAACGCGACGUUCUUGACAAGUGAGCCAGUUAGAAAAUGUUCAGGCCGUACCGGUGAAGGGCCCCCCCCCCAACCAUACCUUAUCAUUAUUGCUUUUUUAACGGCCAAUUAAAAAAAAACAUUCUAACACCGUAAUUACAUUUAUUUGGAAAAAUUAUGCAACCUCCUCCGAAAAGAUGGCCCCAUCAAGUGUACGUUUUUGCAGACGGGGAACCCCCGAACCGCAUCAACGCGACGUUCUUGACAAGUGGGCCAGUUAAAAAAUGUUCAGGCCGUACCGGUGAAGGGCCCCCCCCCCCAACCAUACCUUAUCAUUAUUGCUUUUUUAACGGCCAAUUAAAAAAAAACAUUCUAACACCGUAAUUACAUUUAUUUGGAAAAAUUAUGCAUUAGCCCCUAAAGCGGUAAUCCAGUUUCGACACGCUCGUGAUUUAAAAAAAAAAAAAAAAAAAUUACUAGUUUUUUCAAGUUCAUUGUCUUUCCCUGACGACAUCGAAGUAUGCAGGGGUGGGGAAAAUGGGGAAAAUUGGGGGGGGGGGUAUGGGAAGGGGCGUGUUGGAAGGGGGCGUGACAUAUCCAUUGACAAACGAAGAUUCGGACGACUUUUCAUUAGACUUAAUGUUAUCAAUUUCCGGCUGGUUAUAAAGUAACCUUUAAACUUUAACCCCUACCCCUUGCCCCCUGCCCCUUGCCCCUCCAUCCAUUUUUUUUCCUCCAAAUAUAAUUCUUAUAACGCAAAAAUACAAAGAUAAAAUUUAUUCUUAAAACUCAAAACAGAGGGGUGUUUUUUUUUUCUCAUUUACAACUUUAGUUUAGCAAAGCAGAUUUCAUUUACAACUUUAGUUUAGCAAAGCAGAUUUCAUUUACAACUCUUGUUUAGCAAAGCAGAUUUCAUUUACAACUUUAGUUUAGCAAAGCAGAUUUCAUUUACAAGAACAUAAUGCUAAACCUUCACAGGUGCAUAUUAAUAAUUUCUGUUAUAAUACCUUUCAAAAAAAAAAAAAGGUUGAGGGUUGGGUAGGAUACGACAUUGAAGAGGGAACUUUACAAAGGAAGUGCUCAUAACUGACUACCGGUAUAUAAUAUUAUUAUUUAUUUUCCCACAAAAUCUAAAUGAACUUUUGGACACGAAUCCGACAUGACAACACAUCAGAUUGAAAGGUAAAAAAAAAAAAAAUUUCACUGUAUGAGGUUUAGAUAUGGAGAUUCAUAAGAUAUUUUGACCAUAGAUCUGAAAGGUGCUGUAAGAAACUAGCUAACACAACGCCCGUAUAGCGUACAUGGUGCAUCUCAGGACACGUUUGUAAAGGUUUUAUAAUUAAAUUUAAAUGUUGUUGAUUCCCCUUCUUUUAAUGGUCGUGAAAUUCUUCCUCCAGACAGCAGCUCCGUGUGGAACCACGCCUUCAACCUGACCUUCACCUACAGACUAGAUUCGGACAUACCAGCGGUCUACUUCAGGCUCAAACCCAACCCGAGGCAUGCGAAAGACAGACCUGACUACUGUAAGUAAUAUUCAGUCUCUUUCUGUCGUUUAAUCUCUUACUACAUCUUUAACAUACGCGUGUGAGGACGCACAGAUAAACAAAUAACAAAAUAAAUCAAAACCAGAACGUUAAAAAAGCUACGGCCUUAACAUUUAUAUCUGACUCAUCCUUUGCAACAGGUUCUUUCAACCUCGACACUGCCAAUAAAAAAAAAAAUGCUUAUAUCAAUACUUUAAGGCAGACCUGUACAACAUGUGGCCCGUGGGCUGCAUAUGGCCAGUCAGCACCCACGUUGCGGCCCGCGAAGUAUCGAAAUAGUAUUUAUUAUUAUUAUUCUCUUAAUAGCUUUAUCCCAUGACCUAUUUUCUUUCGGCAUUCACAAGUUUUUCCUAAAGUAGUAGUACGGCCCACCUUACAUGUUGAGCUGUGCAGACCUGCUUUAAGGCGAAACCUGAAUGAUACACCACAGCCUGCUUAAAUUAUAUUAUAAUUAAAUUAUAAAAUAUUGAUAUCCAGAUCAAAUAGCCAAACAAAAGACCAGGACGGCUGUCUGGUUUGUAAGCCGAUGUAACGUGCCG